AUGAAAAAAUUCUUGAUAUACGGACGCUUGCUAUCAUCGAAGUACGGGGAUGGCAUUUCGUCGCCGUCUCGAUCAAUAACAGGCGAAGAGUUGCCGAAUGCAAGACUUAUUUCACUAGUCGUUUUUGGGGAACUGGAUGUUCCGGAUCCACAAUUUACAUUAGUCAACAUGCAGUGGGGUCAAAUAUUAACACAUGACAUGAGCAUGCAGGCUGGUGGAACCCAAGCCAGGAAACAUCCAACACGUUGCUGUACUGAUGAAGGUCGCCUUAUUGCCACGAAUGAAGCACAUUCAACAUGUUAUCCUAUUGUGAUACCACCUAACGAUCCCGCCUACUCCCAAGUGGGUACAGAAUGCCUAGACUUUGUGCGAACUCUAACAGACCGUGACAUUAAUUGUUUAUAUAAUAAUGGUCCAGCAGAGCAAUUGAGUGCUGUAUCAUCUUAUGCCGAUCUCUCACUUGUUUACGGAAAUUCUAUACAGCAAAAUAGUGAGAUACGGUCUUUUGAGGGCGGCCGAAUGUUAGUGGAUCAACGAAGUGGGGGUGAAUACCUUCCCCCAUCCCGAAAUGCCACUGGUGAUUGCGAUGCCGCCCCGGCCGGUGAGGUGUGCUAUCAAGCUGGUGACAUUCGGGUAAAUCAGAAUCCCGGAUUAGCCAUUUUACAUACCAUUUUACUGCGAGAGCACAAUCGCAUCGCUGAUACUUUGGCUAAACUGAAUCCGCAUUACAACGAUCGGACACUAUUUCAGGAGGCACGUAAAAUAAAUAUUGCACAAUAUCAACAUAUAAGCUACUAUGAGUGGUUACCUAUAUUCCUUGGAUUGGAAAAUAUGCUAAAGAACCGACUAAUUUACAAAAGCGCAUCUAACAAUUUCAUCAAUGAUUUCGUUAGCUCUAUUGAUCCGUCCGUUUUGAAUGAACAUGCAACAGCAGCAUUUAGAUAUUUUCACUCUCAAAUCGAGGGGAGAUUAGAGUAA